UUCAGUUAUCAGUUUUAGAACUGCAGUCAAAGUUUUCACAUCGACGUUGUCGUAAUUUAUUUAUUUAUUUAUUCCUUCCAUCCACUCCCACCACACAUCCAACAUGUUCCGAUUUGUCGCCCUGCUUGCCGUCGUUGCCGUGGCCCAGGCCGCUUACACGCUUAACCCGGCUGGUCCGACCUACGCUGGAAUCCACACACCUGCCAUCACGAGCCAGCAGUCGAACAUCCUGCGCAGCUACGGAAACCUUGGCCAAAUCUCGACCUACUCGAAGACCAUCGAUACCCCGUACUCGUCCGUCAGCAAGUCCGAUGUGCGCGUGAGCAACCCAGGACUGGCCGUUGGCCAUGUUGCCGCCGCUUACCCGCAUGCCAUCGCUCCAGCUUACGCUCACCCGGCUUACGCUGCCCCGGCUUACGCUGCCCCGGCGUACGCUGCCCCGGCCAUCAAGGCUGCACCGGCACUGCUGGGCGUUGCUUACUCUGCUGCCCCGGCUGUUGCCCACAUGACCUACAGCAACGGACUCGGCAUCAACUACGCUUGGUAAAACUGACACUCUGCAAGCCGAACUGUACCUUUACUGGCAGGAGGGAAUUGACCAUCUUAGUUCCUCCCGCUGCACCAUGGACAAUUGGAGCGAAACAUCUAAGUCAACACAGUCAACAAUGUAAAUAAAAAUGUCUCUUCGGACGUCGGCAACCAACAACGAUUUUGCUUUGCGUGUGUACAGUUGGCAUAAACUAAGUUAAGAACCAAUGAAUUACAUGCAUUCGGGCGCCUACAAAAUA